UGGGUGCUGAUGGACGCGCCCUUCAGCCUGUGCUGUCCCCGGACCAUGCACAAUCCUCACAUUGCAAGGACUUGCAGAGAUUGGGACCGCAGCACAGUAUGGAGGGCGGUGGAGAGUCAACGCCUCCCACUGACAGAGGACCCCGAAGAAGAUCAAAAGCUACUACUAGAAUAUUCUGGGGCUUCCUGGCCGUUGCGCUGCUCUUCUCCAUAGUGGGAAUAAGUGUGGUUGGCGUUUUAGGAUGGAAAGAUAAUAAAACCAAGCCUCUCUUGCAGGUUGUCCGGCUGACUUACAAAAAUCUGCAAGGUUCCUCAGUAAACCAGUCUGCGGUGAGCGACAAGCGGAGGAAUACAGUCACCUAUCGAGUGACCUCCAGAAAUCAGACGUCCGUGGUGUUGUUCGACAGCAAACAUGGACUGGUUUGCUAUAAGGCUGCUGGAGAGAAAUCCUGUUUCCUUCGACGCAUGGAGAUGAGAGAUAUGGAAAAUAUCCAGUCCUUCCUAAAUAUGUCUGUAGCCAAGGAUGGGGUGCUUUUCCUGCAGAACAACAGGACACGUUACUACCGCGAGUUCCUCGGCGUAAUAGGAGGUCGCAAAGUCAACCAUGAACUUGUAGGGGAACCUGUACAAAUGUUGUGUGACCAGCUCCCCAUUUACUGGGUAAAAAAGAGUGAAGGUAAGUAAGGCCUUAAAA